GUGUGAAUAAGGAGGGUUUCCAUGGAUCUGAUCACAUUCUUGGUGCUCACUCUCUCCUCUCUCAUUCUCCUCUUACUAUGGAGACAGAGGUCUGGCAGAGGGAGGCUCCCUCCUGGCCCCACUCCUUUCCCAAUUAUUGGUAAUUUCCUUCAGAUAGAUGGGAAGAACUUCAGCCAAUCCUUAACCAAUUUCUCAAAAGCCUAUGGCCCUGUGUUCACUCUGUAUUUGGGCUCACGGCCCACUGUUGUAUUACAUGGGUAUGAAGCAGUGAAGGAAGCUCUGAUUGAUCAUGGGGAGGAGUUUUCUGAUAGAGGAAGCAUUCCAAUGGUAGAAAAGAUUAAUAACGGCCUUGGCAUUGUUUUUAGCAAUGGAAACAGAUGGAAAGAGAUUAGGCGCUUCACACUCACGACCCUGCGAAAUUUGGGAAUGGGAAAAAGGAACAUUGAGGACCGUGUUCAAGAGGAAGCACAGUGUCUUGUGGAAGAACUAAGGAAAACCAAGGGCUCACCUUGUGACCCCACAUUCAUUCUGAGCUGUGCUCCAUGCAAUGUCAUCUGCUCCAUUAUUUUCCAGGAUCGUUUUGAUUAUAAGGAUAAAGAUUUUCUUAUGCUCAUGGAAAAACUAAAUGAGAAUGUCAAGAUUCUGAGCUCCCCAUGGUUGCAGGUCUGCAAUAAUUUCCCCUUGCUCAUUGACUAUUGUCCAGGAAGUCAUCACAAAGUACUAAAAAACGUCAAAUAUAUUAGAAGUUACCUGUUGGAGAAAAUAAAAGAACACCAAGAAUCACUGGAUGUUACAAACCCUCGUGAUUUUAUUGAUUAUUACUUGAUUAAACAAAAACAGGCAAAUCACAUCCAACAAGCAGAAUUUUCACUUGAAAAUCUGGCCUGCACUAUCAAUAACCUCUUUGCUGCAGGGACAGAGACAACAAGCACAACACUGAGAUAUGCUCUCCUACUCCUGAUGAAGUACCCAGAUGUCACAGCUAAAGUCCAGGAAGAGAUUGACCAUGUGAUUGGUAGACACCGCAGCCCCUGCAUGCAGGACAGGAACCACAUGCCCUAUACCGAUGCCAUGAUUCAUGAGGUCCAGAGAUUCAUCAACCUUGUCCCUAACAACAUACCCCGUGCAGUGACUUGUGACAUUAAAUUUAGGAACUACCUCAUCCCCAAGGGAACAACAGUAGUAACGUCACUGACAUCAGUUCUGCAUGACAGCAAGGAGUUCCCAAACCCAGAGUUGUUUGACCCUGGCCACUUUCUAGAUGCUAAUGGAAACUUUAAGAAAAGUGACCACUUCAUGCCUUUCUCAGCAGGAAAACGUGUUUGUGCUGGAGAGGGCCUGGCCCGCAUGGAGCUGUUUCUAUUCCUGACCACCAUUUUACAGAACUUUAAACUGAAAUCUCUGGUUCACCCAAAAGACAUUGAUAUGAUCCCAUUUGUGAAUGGAUUAAUAGCUCUGCCACCCCAUUACCAGGUCUGCAUCAUUCCUCGCUAAAGAGAUCACAUAUUCUGACCCCCUCCUUUAUUGCCUUCUGCAAUCCUGUCCAGGUCUUUAUUUACCUCUUUACUUAUCAGGAAUAAGGCAUCUUCCAUCCUGGCUCACAAAACCCCUUUUUAUAAAGACCUAGCAAACACAUCUGGUUUCUGGAGUUAUAGCACAAAUGCACUUGUAUUAUCUCUUUUAUAUAACAGUUGUCUGAGCCUUUAUGCUUAUGUUUAUCCAUUCCUGAGUUAGAAUAAAACUUCACUGGUAAAUAAUAGUUAUUAUAAGAUAAUCCCUAGUCCUUUUUUCUUUUGAAUGUUUUCAAUAAUACUUGAUUUUGAUUUGUGUUCCUGUUCUCAGACUUAUUAUUUAGUUAGGAAAAUAAUAUCCUAACACAACAUUCUGGUCCACAUCACAAGAAGCAUAGAAAAUGGAAGAGGAAAUGCUAGGGAGAUAUGUUAUUCAUUAAAGUGCUUCCGUCCAAAAAUGAAUACCUGAUACAAUCUCUAGCAUAUAUCUAAAAGACCAGGUAUGUAGUGUGUAGUUGUUAUAGCAACAUUGGAGGGCAAGAAACAAGAUAGUUCUGGUGCUUGCUCAAUACCCAGACAGGCAAGAUUAGUGAGCCUCAUGUUCCAGAGUUAUCUUGUCCCAACAAAACAAGAUUGCAAUCUACCAAUAACCAAUACCCAAAUUUCACCUCUGACUUAUACAUAUGUGUAUAUACAUGUAUAUGUUUUUUUUCACAUACAUGUACUUGAUUAUGUAUACCCAUUGACACACCCACAAUUAUACAUGUAAAACAGAAUGUGAAAAGGAAGUUGGUAUUAAAGUUCUUUGGCUAAGUAGUGUUAGAGUCAUUGGAAAAUUUGAAACAUAAACAAUAACUAGGAGCAGCUCCAUUCUUUAAGGGACAAAUUACAGGGAAGAAUACACAUGCAGGGUAGAGGUCAAAUCUUGCUUUACUGAUUCUGUCAACUAAAGGUAAAAUUGCCUUUGACUUGAUGUUCACAGCUUAGAACAGCAUGUGUUUUGCUUUCUUAUAGCUAACCAUAUGCUCUGUGUACCUCUGUUCUUUCCCAACAAGAACAAUGGACCCAGUGAUUCACAUUUCUUUUAUUUCUAGAUGCACCAUUUCAUUCCCACUGCAUUAAAGAUUAUUAAAUUACCACUCAUAUCACUCAAUGUCCCUUCAUGUCUCAAUCUUAAAGGAUGCUCCUGUGUCUCUUAUUGCUAAGUUCCUACCUGGAAGCUUACAGCAAAGAUAUGUCUGCAUAAAUGUUAGUGCAAACUCAUACAUCCAUAUAUUCUAUAUGAUCUAUAUACAAGUGGCUGUGGUUCUAAUUGCGACUCUUUGUAAAUUUGAAAUAAAAAUAGCUACAGUUUGUA